GGGUGAGAACGAAAGGGAAGCAAGCAAGCUUUGACUUAAUUUCCCAGAACCCUCUGCGCUCCUGCGCUCCGCCUUUAACAGCACUACCUUUCAUCCGGUUGGUCACCGAUACCCACUCUUGACCUAUCGGCUAUGAUCUCGCUCUACCUGCCUGUUGCUAGGCGGAACUUCAACGCUGUUGCCUAGGUUUCCUAACGUAGUUGCGGCCUGCAGUUUCAGAGUCUGAAGGAAGCCCCGGGUGCAGUUGGGCAUGCUGGACCUCGAAGCAACUGUGCGCUGUUAUGGAGGGCGAUAAGAGGAGAACCAAAGAUGACACUUGGAAAUCAGAUGAACUAAAGAAGCAUCUUAAGGUGUCUCGUUCGGAUAGUCAGUCUGAAGACAGGAGGCAUCGGCAGAGGAAAUCACGUGAGGGAGACAGUAAUGAUGCUGAUGACUUGCCGAAGGAUCGAGAAAAGGACAGAGUAAAAUCAAAAGAAAAAUCAGGAGAAAAAGUGAGAUCUAUUAAAUUGACUGAAAGACAUAAGGAUGAAAGGAAAGAGAAAGGCAGAGAAAAAGAUCAUCCCAGAGAACAAGAGAGAGAGAAAAUUAAGGUAAAACAUGUCCAAGAGGAAAAACAUAACACUGGAAAAAGUGGAGAGAGACACAGUGGUAAAGAAAGAGAGAGGAAGCAUAAGAAAGAUGAUCCUAAUCAAACGCUUGUGGAAAAUACAAUGCAGGCUUAUGGGGAAAGAGAUAAACAAUACUAUAGAAGAAGAGACAGCAAGGAUCAUACAGAUCACCCAAAAGAGAAAAAUGAAGAAAGAGAACACAAACAUACAGAGAGAAAGAAUGAAGAGAGCAAGAACACUUUGGGUGAGGUUUCAACAAGCAGAGAUGAAGACCUUGAACAUAGGCACAAGUCACACAAGGAACGAGACCCAGAGAAGGACAGAAGGAGAAGGCACCGAGAGAAGAAAGAGCGUGAGCUCUUAGCUGUGGAAGGAAAAGAGAAGUAUUUGAAAUUAAGAAGUUCCAUAUCUGUCAAGGAUGGGGAGGAAGGACAUACAUCCAAGAAACAAAAAGAGCGACCUCCUUAUGAAGACAGACAUCACAGGGAGAACAGUGAAAGGCGACACAAAGAACACAGUGAAAAGAAGAAGAGAGACCACAAGCACAGUGAACACAAAAGCCAAGGAAAAAGCUCAAGGCAUGAAGAUGAAACAGACCAUCCACAUGAAAGGAGUACAAAAGAAAAAGUAAAGAACCAUGGAAAGAGUGAAAAAGAGGAUACAAAACUAGAACACCACAAAAGUGAUGACCUAUCAGCUGUGAGAUCCAAUCAAAAAAGGCAAACAAAUGAAGAAGAAGAAAGUGAGCUGAAGAGGGACACCUCUUACCUAGGUAGAGAUUAUGAUAAUUACUCAGUGAACUAUGAAGAUGAUUUUGAGGAUUAUGAAGAUGAUUUUGAUGACAUAAAUGAUAAUGAGGAUGAAGAUAGCCAGGAGCAAGAAAAUGAAGAAAGAGAAAUGGAAGAAAGAGUAAGAAAAGUUCCAAUAGCCAAGAAUUCAGAAAUAGAAGAAAUUCAAAAAGCAAUUAAUGCUGAAAAUGAGAAGAUUGAGACCUAUCUCCCCAAACAAAAAAAGAAUGCAUUUCUUCCAAAAGAAAAUGAAAAGGAACUGAGAAUGGAAUGUCAAGAGUCACCUGCUCGAAGUCCUGUGUCUGGAAAGUUCAUUGAUUUCCAAACAGCCAAACAGCGGCAAAGUAUCAGAAAGAUUGCCAGUCAGCAGAAGAAACGUAGUUUUGAACUGCUCCGACUUAUUGACCUGGACUUCUCAGUCAGUUUCUGUCUGCUGGAUUUGCCUCCAGUGAAUGAAUAUGACAUGUAUAUCCGAAACUUUGGGAAAAUAAAUACUAAGCAGGCCUAUGUUCAGUGGAACGAAGAUAAUCUGGAUAGGGAUGUUCAGACUGACGAAAUUGAGACUCAAGAAAAAUGGACACAACAUCCCGGAGAAACUUCCCUUGUGUCUGGAGGUCCAAAAAGCAGCAGCGAUAUAUCUGCCCUUGCACCAAAGGUUGAUUCCCAGAGAUUAGCAAGUUUUCUGCGAUCUGCUUGUCAGGUAAUUGAAGUUCUGCUUGAGGAAGAUCAAGUAGCAACGCAACCCAGACGAAAUCUAAGGUCACGACCAUCCAGUCUGUCGAUUAGCGAUCGGUGCUUCCAGUUAAAUACCAAUCUUCCUUUCUUGAAUGGUCGAAAAGUAUCCUGUUUGCACAUCUCACAGGCUCAGAGGCAGGCUCUGCUUUCUGUUCAUGGGUUACCUGAAACGUCAAGUGACUUGCCACUAGACAGCAAAUACAUCAUUUGUGUGUGGAAUGUCUGGCAACCUUCUAGUCCUCAGAAAUUAUUGCUUUGUGAAUCUCAGGUGACAUGCUGCUGCUUUAGUCCAAGUAAGGCUACUUUAGUGUUUGCUGGAACAAUUGAUGGCUCAGUGCUGGUAUGGGAUCUCAGAGAAGACUCAAGGAUGCACCACUGCAUGAAGGUCAAUGAAACAGAUUGGACAUUUCGAUCUCCAACAUUUUCUACUGAUGGAGUAUUUGCCUCAGUAAGCCACACAUAUCCUGUACUGACAAUUGAACCUGUCUCAACAUCUGUCUUCAAGGAGCAGAACUGUGGACUCUCUUAUCUGUCGUCCCAAGAAGAAAUGUUAGGACUUUCAUUUCAGAUUGCCUCAAUGGAUGAAAAUGGGGCUCUAAGCCUGUGGGUAGUAGUCGAACUUCAAAAAGGGGAUUUGGCAGGUUCACAAAGUGAUUUAGGCUUAAUUCCAGGAGGGAAAAUAAAGCUGGUCCAUAGCUCUACUGUUCAGCUGAAUUGCAGCUUUUCUUCAAAAGAUACCAUGUUCCUGAGGGUACCUCAGACACUAAAUAUUAAAUUUCUGCCUUCAAAUCCCAAUCAUUUUGUUGUCGGAACAGACAUGGCUGUAGUGAGCCAUGGUACAAGGCAUGAACUGAGAGUACCUCCCAAGUGGUUCAAACCAGAGCAGGGGGGACCAAGAUCAACCAAAGUCAAUGCACUUGACUUCUCCCCUUUUGGAAAGCCAAUCUUUUUGGUUGGCUGUUCAGAUGGGAGUAUAAGAUUGCACCAAAUGAGUUCGGAGCUUCCCCUUAUGCAGUGGAACAACAGCACAGUAGGGCAGCCAAUAAUUUCCCUACAGUGGGCUCUGACAAGACCAGCCGUCUUUUUUGUUUUGGAUGCAACGUCUGUUGUUUAUAUUUGGGACCUGCUGGAAAAUGACUUGUCGCCUGUAGCCAAACAACCUAUCUGGUCAGAUAAGGUUAUAACUAUGGCUGUACUGGGUGAGCCUGAAAAACCCAGUGGUCUCCUGGGGAUUGCCCUGGCCAAAGAAUCUGGAAUAAUAGACAUAAAGUACGUGAAGAAGAAGUGGGCACUACCUCAACCAGAGGAGUCUGAGAAAUUAAACUUACUUUUGCAGCAGGCCUUGUAAAAUCCAAACAUACACCUUUCUGUGAAUACACACAUACGAUGACUAUAUGAUUUUUCAAUGUAUUUGUUAAUAUUUACAUUUUAGCUGGACAUCACUUGGAUAAAAUGUAUAAUUUCAUACUUCUGUAAAUAGUAUUUAUUUUUUAAGUUUCAACACAGUAUUUGAACCUGAGAUAGAGAAUAUUUUUAUCAAACAGUAAACAGAACAAAUAUUCAUGAAAUUUUAUCUAAAAGGGAGAUAUAAAUUUUAUUUAUAUUUAAUUAAAAAUGUGUUUUCUUAUUGUAUGCUAUGCAUUGUAAAUGUUUAU